ACUGUGUCAGACCGAUGAAAACAUUUCGUAAAAUAUUUGCUCAGGGCCUGGGAGAGAUAAAGCCUUUUGUCACGAUGCAAAUCACUUUCAUUUCUUUGACUCCAUUUGACGGUGAACAGGAGAGGUCUGAGACUAAAACUGAUCAAGCCAUCCCUCGGCAUGCUGUGGAAAUGUAUUCAGAUCCUUCUGCUCACUCUGUGUUUCGACACAGUCCAGUCAAUAUCUGUGGUAACAGAUACACCAAAUGUAGUCGUGAAUGUUGGCAAUAAUGCCACACUUGACUGCUCCUACAGAACGUAUGUUGAACCUGCGUUUUCCCUUGAAUGGCGCUUUACACCUGGCCCAAAAGGAGAUGGAAAUGCAGAGAAGAUUCUUUAUUAUACUGAUGGGAAAACAUACACACUUGGGCCUCAAGCUAAUCGAAUCAAGCUGAUUGACCAGAAUCCGACAAAUGGAGUAGCGUCUAUUAGAAUUGAAAACACCAAGCCAUCAGAUACAGGCACUUAUUCGUGUGAUAUAAACAAUCCUCCGGAUUUUACUGGAACCAGUGAGGCGUUUGUCAAUUUAAUUGUCCAAGUAGCACCAUCCAUUCCUGAAUGUAAAGUGAUUGGAAAACCAUACGUAGGAAACAAUGUGACAUUGCUAUGCAGAUCAUCAAUGGGCCAGCCAAGUCCUAAAUAUGCAUGGUCAGAAGUCCGUCCUGGUACUGAGCAAUCAUCUUCGAGAGUCAUGGUAAAAGAUUCUAAUCAAGGCACCAUGUUUCUGAAAAACCUGACAAUGGAGCACUCAGGAACCUACAAGUGUGUGUCAUCCAACAUCCUCGGGGAACGAUCAUGCCGACUGGUUCUCAUAGUCACAGUGAGCAAUGAGGCUGGAGUGAUUGUUGGAGCUGUGGUUGCUACCCUUAUUGCGCUGAUUCUGAUUGCUGUUGUUGCAUACUACGUACUUCAUCACAAGAAGAAGAAUCCCAAAGUUCCUGUUAUCGGACAUGAAUUAAGAGAGGAUGCAGUGGCACCUGGCAAAGAAGCAAACUCCCAUCUAAUGGCACCAUCAGCACACAGCAUUGGGACCAACUCAAACAGCAUGAACUCAAAAUAUAACAUUGUUGUUUGAAUCAAGUCAUAAGCAUUGCACUCCACAAAUUUCAGGAUUGACGAAGUUGAAGUUUCUUUAUAAAAUGUCUUAUUGUCCUUUUAUAUUUGUUUUUCUUUACACUAUCAAACCAUCUUACUCCAAGUUGUUAUUAUUAUCACAUUGAGUUUUACUGGCUGAAGUCUGAAAAGUAAUCAUGGAUCUUUGGCAAAAUGACAUGAAACUGGAGAUGGGGAUGUCCCUAAAAAACUGACCUAUUAAUGGCCUUGUUGCUUAUUUUGAAAUGAUAGUCUCAGUUGGAUGGCCUUAGGAACUUCAUGGGGGAGGCAUAUUGUUUUAGCUUUUGGGGGUUUCCAAGAUGGAGCAUUUGGCAAGACUUUGACAGAGUGAGCUAAAUUUAAUAUUCAAUGAAACUCAAAAGAAAAAGCUGGUUAACCACUUACAAUUUGGCACUGAGGCCAAAUGAUUGCCAUGGAAUGUUUCCAGAUCCAAAAUAUUGUCACGAUUAAGACAUAAUUGUAGCAAGAACCACAUCUCCCUUCUUUCCUCUCUCACAUUUUUGCUCUCACUUGGCUACAUUUCUCUGAGAAAGUAGAAAACUGACCUGUGCCCAGGACUGUAGCAAUUGUUGUUGACAAGUAAUCAUGAGGAAGUUUCAUAAGGCGCAGCCUUGGCUUUGCUUGGAUCUCUCUUUACUUGAGGACUGGGAUAUCACAGCAAAAGGAAUAAAAAUCAGAAUUAAAUAGUGACAAGAAUUGAAUCACCAGCCAGUGUAAUUGAUAUAGUUAUUUCUGACCACAGUACUCUGUUUUAAGUUUCAAAUUAGCUAAAUUAGUGUAAGUAAAAUAUUCAACUUCCCUCAGUCUCACCAUGCCAGAUAGAUGUUAAAGUAUAAAUGAGGGAAAAUAAUUUUGGAGGACAGACAGCAUUUUUAGCACUUCCUGAUAUUGUUUGGGCACAGAUGGUAUAACUGGGUUUAGUUUUGAAAGUUAUGUUGUGAGGUUCUUAAGCAAUAUAUAUUGCCACUGCCGAAAUAUUGUGCUACCAUCCACACCCUGAGUCCUGAUGGACAAGUCUUCCCAACAAAAUUUCCUUUAGGGUUGCAACUGGCUGCAUGAAACUCAUUAUUGACCCAGAUGGCUGAGUUUCCUAUUCACUACUUUUUCAUGAUCUGCUCCCAAACGGGUUUUGGAAUAUAGUGGGACCAAUAUUUCAAGUUGAUCUCUCAGCAGAUAGUAAUUAUGCACUGUUACCAGCUUUCAGCAUUUUCUGCGAUAAUGUGCCUGCAUUGAUUUAGAAAGUAUGGUACAUGAAACAAAAGCUUUUAUUAUAAUUUGUCAAUUUUUACUUCCGUUUCAUAAAUAUGUAUGCUUCACUGUGCUGAGUGGAGGAUGUUGAAUUUGAACUGAUUAAAAAUGUUGCUGAGACUGCUUCCAGCACCCAA